AUGCCCAGCUGUUCCUGCCUGAGGCGUCUAACCUGGGAUAGUAACGCAGGCAUACCCGGAGUCCUCUCCCGCACUCGCCUCGGUGAUGCUGACAUGCGACUUUCAAUUCCUCGAUCAUUACGUCUACGUUCCUUUCACUCCAGCUCUAUUGCGGCAGCCAGGGCCCCCGAUGUCUUCACCAACAGCCUCCGAAAAACUCUGGAAGCCCACCGAUCAACAAAUCGGUCUCGUUUGAUCCGAAAAACAUUUCCAAUCGAAGAUCCUGCGGGACUUUGGCGACCUGAGAUUCCGUCCAAAAAACAACCAUCAUACGUCUAUCCAGUCGACACCCCCAGCAAGCAGAAGAACAGAAGCGAUCCAGCCGCAGAAAAAGCGAUCCAAGGAACAUGUUAUCCACAAAGUCCAUGGCUGAGAAAUCUUGACUUGCCUCGCACCGACGCUGAAUCCACGUUGGACACAGAAAUUCGAGCAUUGGAACAAUACCUGGCCCUAAAUGCCCAGGAAAAAGACCAUGUAGAAAAGCUCAAGAUAAAAAUAGCCUCGCUCCUCAAAGCAGUGGUCCCCCAUACCCCAAAGGUCAUUGGAUCGCACUGCACGGGUCUUGCACUGGCACACUCGACCCUUGACUUUAUCAUACCACAUGAAGACCCUGCUCGAUCACUAGACCGUGAUCGAAGACCGAGCCCCACGCGGCCUCAGAUCCGAGACGCCCAUUUCCGUCUCCUCCGCCAAGUGGAAAAGGUUCUCCAGCAUGCCGAUGCAUUCGCCACAAUAGACUUGCAGCAAAAGUCUGCGCUGUCCGUUCGACACCGGCCAACUGGACUGGUUUUGCAAUUUUACUGUGGUGAGGGUAUUCCUGCCAUUACAGAGUACCUACAAGAUUAUCAGGUCGAAUAUCCCGCCUUGCGACCUCUGUAUGCAGUAACACGCACGUUGUUGGAGGCGCGCGGCCUUUUUGGGUCAUCGCAGGCAAGCAUUGGACCAGAUGCGCUGGCCAUGCUCAUUGUGGCGUUCUUGAAGAUGAACCAUGGCCGAUUUCCCGGUCCCAAUAGACUGGGAGACCAAUUUCUUGCUCUUCUUCAAUUUUACGAUACUCAGGUGAACAUCCAGUCUGUCGGUAUUGCCGUGGAUCCUCCCAGUAUAUUCAGCGCAAGCACGUUGCCUGCGAUCUCUGACGCUGAUGAACCUGCUCACUUGCGCGGCCAGCGCUCUCUGAUCAGCGCCAAAUGUACCGCUGCAGCGAAGCGAAACGUGCCUGUCGCACAACGAUUGUGCAUACAAGACCCUACCCAUUACCUGAAUGAUUUAGGCCGAUCGUGUACUCGAACAUCUGAACUACAGGGUGCAUUUGCAGAUGCUCAUCAGCAGCUUCGUCGCACGUGCGAUGAAUGGACCGACACCAGUUUCAAAGGUUCGAGUAUACUCAGUACCGUUCUACGGGCUAAUUUCGAUGAAUUAGAGAAGAUGCGGAAUAAAAAUAGCAUGUAG